GAUUAUUCUUGUCUUAUUAAGGAAUAAUUUCAUAAUUAUCCUUCCUGAUAAAUAUCAAGUGCUCAAAUCUCAAUCAGCAAUAACUUUAUUUUCCAAGCACAUCCACUCCUGACUCCUCCCAACAAUGGCUUUUCUUCUUUCAAUUUCCACAACUUCUAUCGUCACAAUCCUUGCCCUUCUAUUUUUUCUCUACUUUUUAUGUUUGAGGAUCUUGAAGAGCAAAUCCAAGAACAAAAGUACUCCACCAAAAGCCGGCGGAGCAUGGCCAGUGAUAGGCCACCUUCACCUCCUAAGUGGACCACAACCGGCUCACAGAACCUUGGGUCUCAUGGCAGACAAGUGCGGCCCAAUCUUCACAAUCAAUUUGGGUGUCCAUCGUGCUCUUGUGGUAUGUAACUCUGAGAUUGCCAAAGAAUGUCUGAUGACCCAUGACAAAGCCUUCGCAAGUCGUCCAAAGACUCUGGCCAUGGAGAUCUUAGGCUACAACCAGACCAUGAUCGGUUUUAGCCCAUACGGCCCAUAUUGGCGUCAAAUGCGCAAGAUGGCCACACUUGAGCUUCUCUCAACCCACCGGCUUGAGAUGCUCAAGAACGUACGACAAUCGGAAGUUAAGACUUCCAUAAAAGAGUUGUACCAAUUAUGGGCAGACAACAGAAGUACCGGUCCGAACCAAGUUUUAGUUGACAUGAAGAGAUGGUUCGGAGAUGUUACCUUAAACGUGAUUUUUAGGAUAAUUGUGGGGAAAAGAUAUAGCGGCGAUGGCCAAGAGAGUGGGGGAUGGAAACUAGUACUAAGGGAGUUCAUUGAGUUGUCUGGGAAAUUUGUUGUGUCCGAUGCGUUGCCGUUUCUAAGGUGGUUGGAUUUGGGAGGUGACGAGAAGGCCAUGAAAAGGAUAGCAAAAGAACUUGACUAUGUUUUUGAAGAAUGGUUGGAAGAACACAAGAAGAAGAGAUCGAGUGGUGAAAGAGUUGACGAGAAGGAUUUCAUGGACGUUAUGCUCUCUGUUCUUGAUGAUGAAAAUGAUCUUCCAGCUGGUCAUAGUGCUCAUACCACAAUCAAAUCCACAUGCCUGGCUCUUAUGUUGGCGGCUUCUGACACAACUUUGGUUACCUUAACAUGGGCGCUAUCACUGCUACUCAACAACCGUGAUGUCCUAUACAAGGCUCAGCAAGAAUUAGAAUCCCACAUCGGGAGAGAAAAGCCAGUGAAUGAAUCAGACACGAAAUCUUUAGUCUACAUAGAAGCCAUUAUAAAGGAAACAUUUCGAAUGUACCCUGCUGCACCACUCUUAAUACCUCAUGAGUCCAUGGAGGAUUGCACCGUAGCAGGUUACCAUAUCCCAGCAGGAACUCAGCUUAUUUUGGAUGCGUGGAAGAUUCAUCACGAUCCACUGGUGUGGGAGGACCCUCACGAGUUUAGGCCAGAGAGAUUUCUUACAACCCACAAGGAUGUUGAUGUUAAGGGACAAAAUUUUGAGUUGAUACCGUUUGGGAGUGGCAGAAGAAUGUGUCCGGGAGUGUUGUUUGCUCUUCAAGUGUUGCGGCUUACACUUGCUAAUCUGCUUCAUGGGUUCGAUUUUGAAACCCCAAAUGGUGAACCAGUUGAUAUGACUGAGAGCAACGGAUUGACAAUUCUUAAAGAAUCACCACUUGAAGUCCUUGUUGCUCCACGCCUCCAAGGUCAUCUUUAUUUGGAUGAUUCGAGUAGUAGCACCUAACUAAAGACUGCAAAUAAUGCUCAUUUUAUUCUCAGAAAUAAAGAAAUAAGAAUUAAAAAAAAAUAAAGAAAUAUGUAAGAAUUAAACUUAAAUAUUAAAUUGUCAUCUUCUUUAGGUGUAGAGACUGAGUACUUGUUUAAUUUGUUGUGUCUGUACUUUAGUUCCUAGCAUAAGAUCUUGAUGCGUUGUAUAAAUUUUCCCCUAGUCUGAACGAUUGUUUUGUUGUUGUGUCUGUCCAUUUAUCAGUUCCUAGCAUAAGAUACUGAAUGACAGUCAACUA